AUGGGUGGUGAAGAAGGUCUUGGAGUGACCACAGGUCAGCCUAAUCUCUACAAACAGGAUCUUUCAAAGCUAGAUGUUAGCAAAUUAACUGCAUUAUCCCGUGAGGUCAUCAGUAGGCAAGCAACAAUUAAUAUUGGUACCAUUGGCCAUGUAGCACAUGGAAAGUCUACGAUUGUAAAAGCUAUAUCAGGAGUACAGACUGUUCGUUUUAAAAAUGAAUUAGAAAGGAAUAUUACUAUUAAGCUUGGGUACGCGAAUGCAAAGAUUUAUAAAUGCGAUAACGAGAAAUGUCCGAGACCAGGAUGUUACAUAUCUGGAGGAUCGAGCAAAGACGACUCGUUUCCUUGUUUGCGCCCGGUUUGUUCUGGGAGAUUUCAGCUGGUGCGCCAUGUGUCCUUCGUCGAUUGCCCAGGACACGAUAUUCUUAUGGCAACUAUGCUGAACGGUGCAGCUGUUAUGGACGCAGCUCUAUUAUUAAUCGCUGGCAACGAAUCGUGUCCUCAGCCCCAAACGUCAGAGCAUCUGGCAGCGAUUGAAAUUAUGAAACUGAAACACAUUGUGAUCUUGCAAAAUAAGAUUGAUCUAGUGAAAGAGGCCCAAGCGAAGGAGCAGUACGAGCAAAUAUUGAAAUUUGUGCAGGGCACAGUGGCCGAGGGAGCACCUGUGAUACCGAUUUCUGCACAACUCAAGUAUAACAUUGAAGUUUUAUGCGAGUACAUCACAAAGAAAAUCCCGGUUCCUUUAAGAGACUUCACCUCGGAACCGAGAUUGAUCGUAAUCCGAUCGUUCGACGUGAAUAAACCAGGUUGUGAAGUGGAUGAUCUAAAAGGAGGCGUUGCCGGAGGAAGUAUCCUGCGAGGAGUAUUAAAAGUGGGUAUGGAAAUCGAAGUUCGUCCCGGGUUGGUAUCCAAAGACAGCGAAGGAAAGCUGACCUGCCGGCCCAUAUUCUCACGGAUAGUAUCGUUAUUCGCCGAGCAGAAUGAACUUCAAUUCGCCGUUCCGGGUGGUCUUAUCGGCGUUGGAACGAAGAUUGAACCAACGUUAUGCCGCGCGGAUCGUUUGGUAGGACAAAUUCUGGGGGCCGUGGGAGCUUUACCAAAAAUAUUUAUCGAAUUGGAAAUAUCGUAUUAUCUUCUCAAACGGUUGUUGGGAGUGAGAACGGAGGGUGACAAGAAAGGAGCGAGGGUACCGAAAUUAUCGAGAAACGAGGUGCUACUAGUAAAUAUUGGAUCAUUGAGCACAGGCGGUCGCGUAUUAGCGACUCGUGCCGAUUUAGCUAAAAUUAGCCUGACGAAUCCUGUGUGUACAGAAAUUGACGAGAAGAUCGCGUUAUCGCGUCGUGUCGAGAAGCACUGGCGUUUGAUCGGUUGGGGUCAAAUUUGCGGUGGACAAACUAUAGAACCAGUCAUAGACCGUAAGUAAUUCCGCGAGGCGAACGAAAGUUUUAAUAUAAAAACAAAGAAAUCCAAGUGAAAAUAAUUUCCGCAACGUGAAAUGUUGUUUGAAAUGUUUAUAAUAAACUACGAAAUACACACCAUCCGUGUACUGUC